AUGGGGGAAUGUGUAUGCCACUCCCCUUCCACAUCACUAGUGGCCAGCUGAUUGUGGGGCAAGGAGUGGUCGUACACAGAAGAAAGGGACUCAUUGCUUAGAAAUAUGAUAUUAGUAUUUAUUCACCUAAAACUUUAGCACACAAGUGAUGUGGGACUAAAUCUAUGUCACACCUUCCACCAAAAGACUUCAAAGGUGGGCAACCGGCCUCAAUUCAAAUCCUUUGAGAGUCAAAACUCAUAUUUUUAUCUAAUUAUCAUGACUUUCUUGCAAAUUGCUGGUGAAGGAUUAAGCCGUCAGAAUCAUUAGAUCAUUGGCAAAAAUCUCAUCAACGUGAUUCAUAGAGCAUUGUUACUAAAAUUGUAGAACAAUUCUCAAUAAAAGGAUUGUGAAUCCAUCAAGUAAAUCAUCUCUGAUUAAUCAACGAAUAAGUUGUCGUCAAGAAGAAGAUGAUCUGCCAGGAGAUGAGUCGCCACCUCUUGAGAGCAUACCAAAUGCGAUGAAGAGCCUCCUUGAUAAGUCUUCAUUAUCAUGAGUUAAUAAUUAGUAAAUAAUAUAGUUUUAGCCUUAACUCAUGAUAAAUAGACUUAUAUUUGUGUUAAAGUGUGAAAAGUAGUUUUCAGUUGAUUAAUGUGAAUUUUUGAAUAAUUAUGUGAUUUUAUACAAAUUUAUAUGAUUUUUAUAGUCUUACUUUUGAGAUAAAUGAAGAAAAAGAAAUAAAAAUAAAAAUAUAGCAAAAUGAGGGGGGCUUGCUGGCUAGUUGGGCCCACAAAUAGGUAGGAAGCAUAAUUGGGGAGUAGCCACAAGUAGGGGUUCGAGCAGCUUGGACCAAUAGGGGCAUGUGUGCGCCACUCCCUUUCCAUGUCAUCGGUGGCCAACCGGCUAUGGGGCAAGGAGUGGUCAUACACAUGUGAGAAAGUGACUUGCUUUCAAAUGUAACAUUACUAUAUAUUCGCCUGAAACUUCGACGCACAAGUAAUGUGAGACUAAACCUGCGUCACACCUUCCCUAGAAAGGGCAGGCAACUGA